GAUAAUCAGAGACAAAUAUGGCGUCCGUCCGCAAAGAGAAGAAGACACUUUUCCUUCUACGACUCCUCAUGGCGUGUAUCCCAGCAUGCACUGGGUUUCCAGGAGGAGUGACAGUGAGCAGACCUGAGGCCAGCGUUUUCCUGCGUCGCAGUCGUCGGGCGAACUUCCUGUUUGAGGAGCUGAAGAGAGGAAAUCUGGAGCGCGAGUGUUUGGAGGAGAAAUGUUCCUACGAGGAGGCGAAGGAGAUCUUCGCUCUGCCGCAGCAGCUGGAGGUCUUCUGGAGGAAGUACACAGCCGUGGAUCACUGCCAGUCGUCUCCCUGUAGGAACGGAGCGACCUGCACUCGCCAUGUCGACACCUACGUCUGCAAAUGUCCGCCUGGUUUCCAUGGUUUCCACUGUGAGAAAGCUCGCCUUACCUCCAGAGGUUGUCGCUAUAGAAACGGAGGAUGUGAACAUUUCUGCAGAAUGCUUCCGGAUCGUUCUCCCGUCUGUUUCUGCGCUAAAGGCUACAGUCUGGGCCGGGACAACAGCACCUGUCUGCCUCAAGAUCAGGUUCCCUGUGGACGACCUCAGUCACAUGUAACCCCCCGCGUCGUCAACGGGAACGUCUGCCCCAAAGGACAAUGUCCAUGGCAGGCUCUCCUGAAAGACAAGCUCUUGUUCAUCUGUGGAGCGAUCGUUCUCUCUGAUCAGUGGGUUCUGACGGCCGCUCACUGUGUGUGGAGGAAAACUGUGAGCUCGCUCCAAGUCACUGUGGGUAAACACGACCGUGACGUGGAUGAGAAGUCGGAGCAGAGGCGUCUUGUGGCGUCCGUGUUCAUCCAUCACAACUACAACCACUCCAACACGGACAGCGACAUGGCGUUGCUGAGGCUGGACCAGCCCGUCAAACUGGGAUUCUCCGUGGUCCCCAUCUGUCUCCCCGCCCGGAACAGCACCUUCAGCCAGACGCUGGCCAACGUGCGUCACUCCACCGUGUCCGGCUGGGGCCGCCAGUCACAGUUUGGCCUCACGUCCAGCGUCCUGCUGCGGCUCUCGCUGCCAAGGGUCCCGCUGCAGGAGUGCCGCCGCCACACGGGGCUCAACAUCACCCGGAACAUGCUCUGCGCUGGGUACCAGACAGGGGGGCGGGACGCCUGCGAGGGCGACAGUGGCGGGCCGCUGGUGACCCGCUACAGGAACACGUGGUUCCUCACGGGCGUGGUCAGCUGGGGGAAGGGCUGUGCCAACCAGAACAUGUACGGGAUCUACGCCAAGGUCAGCAACUUCCUGGACUGGAUCGAUGACAUCAUGUCCACCGGCUCAGGUUCAUCCUGAGGAGAAACAUCGGGUUCAAAGUUCAAUCAGUGAAACUCUGUAAGAGGUCGAUGCUUUUAUUAUUAAACAAAUAAAAUGAAAUAAAUAAA